AUGUGCUUAGAAGAGUCCUUCUUCUGGGGCCAGCAGCAUCUCCCUCCAGAUGACCCGCACCACCAGUAUUCACAGUGCGCAUUGGGAUUGUUAUACCACAUAGAUGGACAAGUCAAGAAGGCAGUUCAGCUACUCGAGUCACUGGUUCAGAUCCAGGCGCUAACACUACCGGAGAAUCAUUCUCAGCUACUGUUGUCACAAGAGCUAUUAGCAUUGGCAUAUGUCGACGAUGGGCAAGUCAAGAAGGCAAUUCAGAUACUGGAGACAGUGGUUCAGAUCCAGACGCAAACGUUAGAGGAGUCUCAUGAUAUUCCGCUGAUGUCGCAAUCAAGCUUAGCAACAGCAUAUCAGGCCGAUGGUCAAAUUAAGAAAGCAGUUCAGCUACUAGAGACAGUGGUUCAGAUCGAGGCGCAAACGCUACCGGAGACUCAUUUUCAUCGACUGACAUCACAAUUCAAUCUGGCCACCCUGUUAUGGCGUCUGGGUCAACACGGCAGAGCGAUGCGGAUGAUGACGACUGUCGUGGAAAUGCGCCAACGCUCUCUUCGUGAGAACAAUCCGUGUCGCAGAAGAGCCGAGGGGUGGUUGGAUCACAUGAAAGUGUCUUUGGAGGAAGGAUAG